CUGAGUCUCGACCGUGACAGAUCACCUUGGAACGGGUGGAUGUCGCUUGAGCGAUGUUGCGGAAUGUCGCAAGUAAAAGGAGACUUACAAAGUGAAUUGAUCAGCUUUCGCUAGAUAUGGAAAUCAGACACCUUUGCCACAGUUACACAGGAAAAGUUUGUUAACUUGUGUUGCGCUGACUUUAAGACGGGGCUACAAUACAAAACUCUGGAAACUUGGCAACCGAUUACGUCAGUUCCUCGAUGGCUUCACGUUUUUAAUUGUGUGAUAUAGCGGGACACCUACAUUCAUAGGCUGGAUUGCUCACCGGUCACAUCUCUUUCACUGGGUCGUCCUGUAUCAAUGCAAUGAAGAGUCUGCACAGUUACAAGCCCGUUUUCAACCCGCGUCAGUCUGGUGUGGUGAUGCCAGUACCCAUCAGCCACCCAGUGAUAGGUGAAAACUUACUUUCCAUACCUAUCAGCCCUAAUAACUUCCCAGCUAAACUAUGGCGACUGGUGAAUAAUCCAGACAUCCAGUCCAUAAACUGGAAUCCCAAUGCUGAAGGGGUAGUCAUUCAUCAGAAGCUGUUUGAAAGUGAACUUUUAUCACCAGUCAAGUUUUCAGUGGAAUCCUCAGACGGGUUCAAGACCUCCAACUUUACCAGUUUUAUUCGACAGAUGAAUCUUUAUGGAUUUCGAAAGCUUCCUAUGAACUCUGGAAGUCUUUCUCAGAGUGGUAAAUUUGGAAGAGACAUCAAAGCAGUUAAUGGAUCUGCUUGCAAGGACUUGUAUUCUAUUGUAGAUGAAGCAGUUCUUCAUACAGCCAAGCAUGAUAAUGCAGUGGGAAACCACAGAAUUACAAAUGGAGCAUUUCAUUAUUACCUGCACCCAAACUUCAAGAAAGGACACCCGGAGUUAUUAGUCAAUGUGAAGAGACUGACUGGUGUUAACAAAGCCAAACUAAAAGCAGGAAUUGAGGUAACAUGUCGGCAACCCAGCCAGAAGCGGAAGUACCUUUCAUAUUCUUUUGAAUUCUCAGAAAAAGAAAGACUAGAAAACCAAGAUCUUGAGCAGGUUCAUCAACCUCUCCAUCCAUCUGAAUCUCCAGCAAACCAAAUCGGUUUACAAUGCAAGAAAAAUCUUGAGGAGGAUCCAGUUUUACAGCCCAUGUGGUCAAACAGUCCUGAGGCUUACAUGAGAGAGAAUGACAGAUAUUUCUCCAAGCAUGGCACCCCAGUUUCUCAUAUGGAAAAAUUCCUUCCACAAGCUUCAAACACCAUGCAAUUCAUUUCCAGGCCACAACAUGCACAGCUGGAUUCUUCAAGAACCAUGGACCAAAAUUUCGACUGGUGUAUAAUUCCAUCAGCCCAGCUGCAUCCAGCAUCUUGCUUAAAAGAAAUGUGUUAUGGCUGCCCCCCUUCUUCUUUUAACUCAGUGUCAACAAACUUUGUUCAGCAUUUUUACACCUUUCCCCACUACAACAGUUGUCAGAUGCCAUGUCCAGUGUGGGCACAGAAAUCAGCCAAUCCCAGGUGUCAGUGCACCAGCUCAUGUCUGGUAAAUGUGGACACCAACCUGUUUCACGGUCAGAUGCAACCUGAAUCUACUUCAAAGGAGCAGCCGCUUUCAAAUGCUGGAAAUUAUAUUCCCGAUAAUACACUUUCACAAAUGAUCCCUAUACCACCAGUUACACCAUCAACACUGAAAAACAGCCAAAUGCCUACUGCACCCAAGAGCCAGACUGAUGGAACAGCCUGUUCAGUUUCCAUUUCUGAUGCAUCUGGCAUUAUGGUUUCUCCACUGCAAGAACAAAGCAGCCACUGUUCACAAUCUUGGAUUCCCAGACACUUUGAACAGAACAAGUGUGCACUGCCAAGUGAACAAUCCCUGAUAUCCUUGAAAGAUGGAAGCAUGACAUCUUACACUCACGGUGAAAAUAUAAAUAGUAUACUACAAAGUCAACCUCCCAGUACAAUCUCGUGCAAUUAGCUGCUGUUGCCUGCGGUCAGGUUCCCUGUGACAGUAAAGUGUCAUCGUGUUCCUGUCGUCCAGUCCGCCAAUAUGAAGCCUUCUAAUGCAGUAAAUAAACGAUUGAGGCCUUAUGUCGUUUUAAUCAUCAGAACUCCUGUCUGAUAACUUGGGAACAAUUCUGCCAUUUCUGUUUUUUUAAAGGUUCCUUAAUGAAGUUAACAUUUUACAUAAAUUAAUAGCACCUUCUAAAAUGUAAUAUUCAAAUCAGAAAUAAAUAUAUUGGGAUCAAAGCCUGUGAAGUUUGUUCAAAAUACUGGCUUUUUACUAACGGAGGAAUUUAUUUAGAGUGUUAAUGUUGCAGUGAUUCAAAUGUGGUGUUCCACUGUUGACUUCCUAUAAGAGUGUCUUCUUUGGUUUCUUUACGUUGAAAAGAUCACACUUUACAUGUUCACUGUCGCUAAUGCAGUUUGGGAUUGGCUCAUGGAAAUGUAUAUUUUCUAUUUAAAACAAAUCUACAGUAGUCAAGGUUGAUAUAUUUAUGCUGUUUUAUACUUGUUGUUUAGAAAAAGGUGUAUAACUAAAAGCUGGGUAUUAUUGUGUGCUAGUUUGAUACUGGUUUUUCUUUUUCACAUCUGUCUUACAGCAAUUUCUUCAUGUGAGAAUUAAAGAUAAACAAGUAGGCCUUGCCAUGUGUACAUUUCUGUGCCAGACAGGAGUAACUAAAUUAAUUAUUCUUUAAUGCUUGUUAUUAUCUAUGAAAUUAUCUGUACUUGUCUGCUGAAGAGGCCCAAUUUGUCAAUGGGUAAAUAUAUUCAUAGCAGUUUAAUGAAAAUGUUUGUAAAAUUAAUUUGUAUAAGCCACAUAAUACAGUUUGUUUUUAGGAAAAUUAAGCUAUAAUAAUCAAACUGUAAGAAAGGAGAAAUAUCUAAUGUUACAUUAUUCUCUUAGUAGGCACAAAUCAGCUGAUAUUUAACACUGCACUUUUGGUUAAUUCUUGACACACAAAGUUUUGAUGAUGAUGUAAGAAAGAAGUUGUUGAGGUUUAGAGUACUGCAUACGUGUUCAUUUGUUUCUUUUCAAAUAUAAUAUAAAUAUAGCCUGUCAUAAAUAGAACAAUUGUUUCAAAGUCUAAAUAUGCCUUAAUAAAACUGAAUACCUGAAAAUGAGCGAUGCUGCUUCUUUGU